GUGGCAGAGUAUUGGAAGAACUCCGAUUAAAAUGUGUUUCCAGACACGAAAAAUUGUUCUUCUCAGUUUACUUCUAGCCACAGUUAGCGCAGAAGAUGCCACAGCGGCAAUACCAGUUAAUAAGCCGCCUCAGUACCCGAUCAAUGAAAACCAACUUUCAAAUAUACAAAUUACAGUAACGGCAAUCCCAUCGGCACCAGCUCCUGCUCCGGCAGUCAAAUACACUUCAGCACCAACAUUUGUCCAACAACAAGACCAAGUAAUCCAGUACGCAGCUAUAUUUCCAGCGCCAAAUCAGUUCGCUGAAACUCAGCCUCAGUUAGCUGCACCUUUACACUUUGGUCCUUUCCGUUUACAGCUAUCUGAAGCUCCGGUUCAAUACUCAACACUUCCUACACGAAAUCAGUUUCCAAUACCUAUAGUCCAGUUUAACCAAGGAGCUUCACCAGUACAAAUAACUGCUAAAGUGGCACCAUUACCUCAAUUCCAAUAUGGGUCCAAACAACUACAAAUGGCAACCCAGGAAGUAGCGCCAAUUCAAUUUAAAGAAGCAGCAAACCCAUUUCAAAUAAUUGUUAAAGAAUCAGGUAAUAGCGCUCCAGUUGAAGCUGCACCAGUACCUGUUCAAUACGCUGCAGCGCAACCCGUUUUAUACAGAUCCUCACUGCCUAUUCAGUACGCACACGCACUGCCAGUUCAGUACGCACAGGCGCAGCCUGUUCAGCACUCACACGCGCAGCCUCUUGAAUACCCACACGAGCAACCUGUUCAGCACGAAAAGACACAGCAUCUUCAGUACCCUACUGCGCAGCCUGAUCAUUAUGCUCCCUCGCAGCCUAUUGAGUACGCUCCCACACAACAUAUUACAGGUGCUCCAACAAAGCCUGUUCAGUAUAUUCCCGCACAACCCAGUCAGUACGAUUCGGUACAGCCUGUUCAGUUCGCUCCUGUGCAACCAGUAGCUUACAGUCCUGUACUUAAAAAGGUUAAGAAAAUGGAUGACUACGAUUCUAACCCCGAAUACGAAUAUGGUUAUGAUAUAGAGGACACUCAAACUGGAGACAGUAAAAGUCAGAGUGAGCAGAGGCAAGGCAAUUUUGUACGAGGAAGUUAUUCUGUGGUGGAUCCUGAUGGACAUAGGCGCACUGUGGAGUACACUGCAGAUCCUGUGCAUGGUUUUAGCGCUGUUGUUCGCAGAGAGCCGAUAAAUGCUAAAGUGAAGAAAGUCGCUGUACCUGUUUCGAAAGUUUCUGUUUCUGGAGCUUAUGCAUAAUACGUGGUGUUAUGUAGAUAAGCGGUGACUGUUUAUGUUGAAUUUAAUUUUAGUAGUGAACUAAAAAUAAUUAAAUAAAAAUGUGAUAUUUUAAACGUAUAUUUAGUGAUAUGA